UCAUGACUCAGAGAGGAUUCCAGCUGAAAUCACCCUGUCGGGAGGAAUUCAUGGUGUCUUUCAGGGGACACGGAGCCGAGGGGUGGAAUCUGAAUGCGCUCGGCUGAACCAUGCCAGCUUUGUGGAUCAUAACUUUGGCAAUCGCUUUGAACCAAGUGUGGUGUGUGCGUUUCUCCCAGGAGCCUGCUGAUCAGUCCGUGGUGCUGGGGGAACGGGUGGUGCUGUCCUGCGUGGUCUUCAACUACACCGGGAUUGUACAGUGGACCAAGGACGGCCUGGCCCUGGGCAUCGGAGAGGGCCUUCGAGCCUGGCCCAGGUAUCGGAUUCUGCGGGCGCUGGACAUCGGCCAGUACAAUUUGGAAAUCUCCAACUCGGAGUUGUCUGAUGACUCUCUUUAUGAGUGUCAGGCCACGGAGGCUGCCCUGCGGUCCAGGAGAGCCAAGCUUAAUGUACUCAUCCCCCCCGAGGAGCCAGUGGUGGAGGGAACGCCGGAGCUUCUGCUGAUGGCGGGAAGUCCACACAACCUGACCUGUCUGACCCGCGGGGCCAAGCCUGCAGCUCACAUCCAGUGGACCAAGAACGGAGUCCCUGUGGAUGGAGCGCACCACUCCACGGAAGUGCUGCCAGACAGGAAGAGAGUGACGACUAGGAGCUAUCUCCCCAUCACUCCGGUCGACACUGACAGUGGCAGCAAUUUCACCUGUGUGGCCAGCAAUCUAGCAGUCCCGAUGGGCAAACGAGUCACUGUCACUCUCAACGUCCACCACCCCCCCACGGUGACCCUUUCCAUCGAACCCCGCUCCGUCCUGGAAGGCGAAAGAGUGACAUUCACCUGCCAGGCUACCGGCAACCCUCCCAUCAUGGGCUACAGGUGGGCUAAAGGCGGCGUGUUGCUGGAGGGGGCCAGAGAGAGCGUGUUUGUCACCACGGCGGAUCACUCGUUCUUCACCGAGCCCGUGUCGUGUCAGGUGUUCAACGCAGUGGGAAACACGAACGUCAGCAUCCUCGUGGACGUGCACUUUGGCCCAAUUCUGGUGGUGGAGCCCAGACCGGUCACGGUGGACGUGGACUCUGACGUCACUCUGAACUGCAAGUGGGCUGGAAACCCUCCGCUAACCCUCACUUGGACUAAAAAAGGCUCCAGCAUGGUGCUCAGCAACAACAACCAGCUGCAUUUGAAGUCCGUGAGCCAGGUCGACGCGGGACAGUACGUCUGCAAGGCCAUUGUGCCUCGCAUCGGCGUGGGAGAGACCGAAGUCACGCUCACUGUCAACGGGCCCCCCAUCAUCUCCAGUGAUCCAGUUCAGUACGCUGUCAGAGGUGAAAGAGGAGAGAUCAAGUGUUACAUCGCCAGCACCCCCCCACCUGAUAAGAUUGUUUGGGCGUGGAAGGAGAACGUGUGGGAGAAAGAAAAAGGCACUUUGAUGGAGAGGUACACCGUGGAGCAGAGCAAACCUCAGGCGCAGGGAGGGGCGGUCCUCUCCACCCUCACCAUCAACAACGUCAUGGAGUCUGAUUUCCACUCUCCCUACAACUGCACCGCCUGGAACUCCUUCGGACCUGGAACCAUGAUCAUCAUCCUGAAGGAGAAAGAAAUGUAUCCAGUGGGAAUUAUCGCUGGCGUCGCAGUGGCCUCCUCCAUUCUGCUGCUCCUGCUUCUGCUGGCGCUCGCCUUCUUCCUCUACCGCCAACGCAAAGGCAGUGAGUGUUCUUUAUGUUUGUGUAAGGCCAUCACGCUCUUAGACUGUCUGUCAGAUCCAACCAACGGCUAUUACAACGUUAGAGCCACCACCCAUGAGGAGGCUCGCCCCCAGACCCGUGUUGUCCACUACCAGGGAGAGUUUCGCCCUCCGAACCCCAACAGCGGACCAGCUGGUGCGGUUUCCAGCGGACCCCCAGCUGCAGCCAGCGGUGCAGUCCCCCCAAGCACAGUCCCAGGCUCAAGAGCGGGAUGCUAUGAUCCUCGCCCGCCUUCAAGGAUGUCCCACGCCACCUACGCCCAUUUCAACACCUUCUCCAGAGCAUCACAGAGCCAGCAGGCACCCCCCAACCCGGCUCUUCCAUCUCCAGGAGAUUACCCGGGAGCAGACUGUGGUCUGUUGGACAGCACGGCCCAACUGCCAUAUGACAACUAUGGAUACCCUUCCCAGUACGCCAGCUACCGGAUGGGCUUUGCUCCCCCCAUAGAGGAAGGGCCAGCCUAUGAGAUGUACCCAACAGGGCAAGGGACCGGACCAGGACCUGGACCGGGACAGGGGCAGCAAAGUCCUGAAACAGGGCUGGGGAAGUACGGAACCUCUACCCGCUUCUCGUACUCGUCUCCACCUUCUGACUAUUCCCACAGACACACGCAACGAAUGCAGACUCAUGUGUGAGAAACGCACCGUCAUGGACUUACGUUUGACAUCAGCAGUAUUAUUACACAUGAAGACACAAAUCAUUCUGUAUAGAUCUAGACUUAAAUCUUCAAAAGAAGCGUUGUGGUUUUUCCACAGCCACAGCUGCAUGGAAACUAAUCAUUUUCGGGAUCAGUGACACGUUCCAACACCUAGCAUUUAGCAGCAUUACGCAAAACACAGUACGAAGCAAUACAUGCUGAAAGCAACCUUCACACACAUUUUGCAUUGGCCUCCAAUCUUUUGUGUUUAUCGGCCAAUUAAAGCAAAAGUGAGAACUACAAUCAAGAGAAUGUAAAAGCU